CGCAACGACCACCUCUACUUUCCUGCUCGCUGGUACACGGCCGCGCCAUCGUCACAUAUGUCCCCAAAGUCGACACAGAAGUCCAAAACCGCUGUACCGAAGCCGAAAUACGGUCUACGGCCACGCACAAGCGGGGGUGGCUGGCAGGACAAAGAGACGGCGGCGCGAUUGAAGCUGCCCAGAGGGACACCGCCGACGACGCGACGGGGCUGCUUAGUACUGCCUCGCGCCGACCGUGCCAAGGCGCGUUUUCUGUACAACGAAUGCGGCUUGGGCACCAGCGACAUCGCGUUUCUUCUCAAGUCCACGUGGCAAUCCGUGCGCGCCGUGGUUCGCGGCCAAUAUCCGGGUAUAGUAGGGGAGGAGCAGCAUGACAAGGAGUACCUCGAUGCCCAGUUCUGCACUGAAGCUCUCCGUUUGAAGGACAUUCCUGAUGGAGAACGCUUGCCGGUAUCGUUUCAAGACGGAGCGCCUCUCUUUCGAAGCCCCCGUUUUGUGGAACUUGAAGACGCGCAUUUAGCAUCUCCCGUAGAUGAGAUACCAUCCGCGCAGGAAGAUGAACAUGAAACCGCGGGAGAAGAGUCGAGCCGGUCUAGACAGCCCUCGAGCUCCCCGCCAGACUUCGCUAGCAGCGGCGCCGACACGUCCUCCCUCCACCCUUCUUCUCCGGAGCCCCGGACCGCCCUUGAUGAGUUCCUCGAAACCGGUGUAUCGCCACACAUAUCGCUCUCCCCUUACCGCGCUCUUUUCGCUCUGAUGGGCAUUGGUAUGAACGAGAUGACCGCCAUGUCCCUCUGGACACGUGCAGAAAUCGCUGAAGUCCUCAACCGCCUCCUCGCCCGGUGGCCCGUACCUGCAGGGCGCUUCGAAAUCCCGGCAGCGGCAGAGCCCGGCCUCUCCGCAUUCCAGCUAAUCGCGCUGGAGAAGGCCGUCCUCGCGCUAAACCACGCCGAACGGCUCAUCGUUUCCGAAGCACCUGACGAUCUGGACGCCUUCCUGCGCCAGCCCAUGCCGGGGUGCUCCGCUGGUGUGUCCCUUGAACGCCACCGCGACCAGUUCUCGGCCGCUGGGCUCUCCGCAAUCGACGGCCUGCGCGCAAUGGCGGCAUGGGAGGACGAUGAUAUCUUCGACACGCUGCGUCGCUUGUUUGAAGGCUUGAUGGAUCCGUUUGAGUUGUUGGUUGCAGAAAUGGGUGUGCGGCGCCUGAGAUGCGAUUGA